AGCGCCUUCCCCGAAAUGAACGGCAAUGGCCCCGCGGCCCCCAUGGACUUCACCGCCUCUGCCGACGACCAGCCCAUCAACCUCUGUGACAAGCUGGCGCCCGCCCACGGCACCCCCUCCUACCAGCCCGACGGCUGCAGCGCCGACGGGCUGCGCAGCCGGGUCAAGUACGCGGUGAAGAGCACGGCAGAGGUACGGCCCGGGCUGGGCACAGGGCAUGGCACACGGGGAGCAACAGCGCACUGCCCGGAGGACGUGUCCGCGCGCAGGGCCCCCGCGGCCGAUGAAGAUGACGACGACCACGAUGACCACGAGGACAACGAUAAGAUAAAUGACUCGGAGGGGAUGGACCCGGAGAGGCUAAAGGCCUUCAAUAUGUUCGUGCGCCUUUUCGUGGAUGAGAACCUGGACCGGAUGGUUCCCAUCUCCAAGCAGCCCAAGGAGAAGAUCCAGGCCAUCAUCGAGUCCUGCAGCCGGCAGUUCCCCGAGUUCCAGGAGCGGGCGCGCAAACGCAUCCGCACCUACCUCAAGUCCUGCCGCCGCAUGAAGAAGAACGGGAUGGAGAUGACCAGGCCCACGCCGCCACACCUCACCUCGGCCAUGGCAGAGAACAUCCUGGCGGCCGCCUGCGAGAGCGAAACGCGGAAAGCGGCCAAGAGGAUGCGGCUGGAGAUCUACCAGACCUCCCAG